AUGUCACAAGCAUUUAGUGCUCCAGGUAAAGCCCUUUUAGCUGGUGGCUAUUUAGUAUUAGAUCCAAUUUAUAAUGCUUACGUUAUUGCAUUAUCUUCAAGAAUGCACGCGGUCAUUGAAUCACAACCAAUUCAAAAAUAUUCAUCAAUAGUUGUAAAAUCACCACAAUUUGAUGGUGAAUGGCAAUAUUUGGGAACAAAUGAAAUAAACGAUAGAAAAAAUCCAUUUGUUGAAGCAUCAAUUAAAACAGUGUUAGCAUAUGUGAGACCAACCACCAACUAUAAUUUACAAAUUACUAUAUAUUCAGAUCCAGGUUAUCAUUCAAAUGAAGACACUAUAAGAAAGGAAUCACAUAAUGGUAAAAGAACGUUCUACUAUCACAACACUCCAAUUGGCGAAGUACCGAAAACAGGACUUGGAUCAUCAGCUGGUUUAGUCUCCGUAAUAACAACUGCAUUAAUGUCACAUUUCAAACCUGGUAGUUCAAUAGAUAUACUACAUAACCUUUCACAAAUAGCUCAUUGUUUAGCUCAAAAGAAAAUUGGAUCGGGAUUUGACGUAGCAGCAGCAAUAUAUGGAUCAAUACAAUACCGUAGAUUUCAACCGCAAUUAGUUAAUCAAGUACUAGAAUCAAAUUUGGAACCUAAAUUAUUAAAAACCGUAGUUGAACAAAAAUGGGAAUUCAAUCAUGAAUCAUGUGCAUUACCUCCACAAACUAAAUUGCUAAUGGGUGAUAUUAAAGGUGGUUCUGAAACUCCAAAAAUGGUUUCUAAAAUCUUACAAUGGAAAAAAGAUCAACCAAAAGAAAGUAGUGAAAUUUAUAACCAAUUAAACACUGCAAAUUCAAAUUUCAUAAAAGCAAUCACCGAGGUAAACAUACCACAAAUCAACGAAUCCCUCAAACAAAUAAGGAAAGGACUAUCUAACCUUACCCAAAUGGCAGAUGUUCCAGUAGAACCACCAAUUCAAACUCAUCUAUUAGAUAACUUGAGUUUACUAAAAGGCUGUAUUGGAGGAACAGUUCCAGGUGCUGGUGGAUACGAUGCUAUUGCUUUACUAGUUUUAAGUGAGUAUGUAGAUGAAAUUAAAUCAGAAACUUCAACAAAUCCUGAGAAAUAUAAUAAUGUUACUUGGUUAGAUAUUCAUGAAGAAGCUGAAGGGAUCAGAAUUGAAGAUGUUGAAGAUUAUGUAGGUCUUUAG